GCAGCAGACGACUGUAGAGUUUAGUAGUUCGUGUCAUGCGUUUGUAUGGUAUUGUGUUGCGUUUUCUGUGUAAUAUGUAAGUGAUUUGAUGGUGGAUACAGGAAAUCACGGAAAGACACAUAUUGAGUGUGGUACUAAUGAGCUUGUGUUUCCGCAUUGCGAGCAGGAGGUGACUAGUGUUUAGACAAACAUAUUAGCGCACAUUACGUACCUGUGCUGUUCGGCAAUUACGAAGAACACCAGAUCGACGCGUGGUGGCUUAGGAGGGCAAUCAUGGACUGCAAGGGAACUAGUUGGGUGAAAAAAGAGAAGAGUGAAAUAUAUGCUGAACCAGAAUCCUUGUUUCUUGAAGGUCCGCUAAAGAUUUUAAUGCCUAGUCUCCAUAUAAAGCAAGACCUAGAACUGAAACAGGAGGAUGGCAUUGAGCGUGAUUGUCUUGAAGAUAACUUGGGAAUCUCUCAUACAAAUGAUUUUAUCAUGGAGGAUCCUGAACUAAAUUUGGAGGUGGCAGCCUCAAUAAGAAAAGCAUCUGGUAGUUUAAGGUACAAUGGAGGUGCACAUAUAGCUGAAGCACUGUAAAAGUAGAAAUUCAGCAUCUUCAUAUAUAACACUGUGAAGUCACUUCAGCAUGCACGUGGAACACAGAGCAGCAGAAUUAAGAACAUUUCAUUUAAGUAGUGUGGAUAAUGUAGAUUUGCUGAGUCUAAACCUUCUUCCAAUUGUGCUGUUUUUCAAUACACCAUAUUCUGCUUCCUGCAGAAUUUUUAGUUUCACUUGCUUAUCUGUGCUUUGUGCUUCCUACUGCAUGACAACCCUUUAACUUCUUGGAACUCAGUGUUACUACUACUGGCUCUAUUUAAAGAAUAUAAAAGCACAUCUCAACAUGGAAUUGCACUUGUUGAUAGAAUCUAGUUUUUUGCGCUGUUUGUGUCACAUUUGUUUUCCUUGUUGAUGGUGAUUGCUCAACAAUAUUAUGCACUAAGGUCAGCUAGAGAAACAUUAGGAAAAAAGAAAAACAUUGACAAUUCAGGUUUAAUGAAAAAUGUAAUGAUGCUACAGACUCAAACACAGUUUGUAAUUCAUGCUGAAUGAAAUUUGUUAACCAGUAAAACAUUGUACAAUAUCAUGCACAUCGCUGCCAGUACUGAUAUUCUGCUGGUGUUAACGAAGUGAUCAUCUUAAGUGAAUUCAUGUUAAGCAUGAUGUUUGAAAUAUAUAUGAUGGUUCAUUAUUAUUCAUAAGUAAAAAUAUUACAAAGCAGUUAUGUUAGUAAGACAUUCUAUAAAACAGCUGGUUUGUGUGUCUGUUCUUUAAUAAAAGAGUGUACUUCUUUUAUACAAAAGUGCAGGUGAGGUGUCAGCAGCUGUAUAAUGCUAACUAUUCGAAUUGAAAAUGACAUGGAAGUCAUACAAAUUCAAUGUGAUGGGUACAGGCUAAUGUCCUACCAUGUAGAACAAGUAAGAGGAAAGGGUGAGUGGUUAUAUAUCCAAAACCUGGAGUCAAGUUUCAGCCCCUUCAGAUUAAUGAAUGUUGGGGUGAACAACUCUUGGAUUACUGUGUCAGCAAUGUGGAUUGGGAAACAAGCUUGUUGUAUUCACAGUUUACAGGCCACCAUCAUGUUAUUAAAUUUCCUAAAGCAGCUGUAGUCAGCUUUAGUAUGGCCAUGAAGACUUAACUGGUGAGUCAUUUUUUGUGACUUGUGAGAAGCUAACCAAGGACACCUAGAAUCCCCUAUGUUGAAUAUGGGAAAUCUAACACAGUACAAUUCCCCAAAAGGACUUAGUGCACACAUUGCAAAUUUGGCUGAUUUGGGAGCAAAACUGAUAUUAAUUUAUCUGGCCAUGACAGUAAAAUGAAUAUUGAUCAGUUGUGCUCAGAUCAUUGGAGGAAACUAUUGUCAUCACAGAAUUAGAGGGAAAUUCCAGGACAAAUGUUAUCAGUCGGUAUAUAAGGGGCACAGUGUGGAUGGACAGUUAAACUUUGUGUUAAUAAUUUUCCUAGUAUUCUUAUUCUGUAAACCACCACAAUACUGCCUGGAAGUAAGAGGAAGAGAUGAAUAACUCCUUGGACUUGAUUAUCUUGUGCAAGGUAGAGAGAGCUCUACCUACUUCAGAAGACAUCAAACUGUGAUAGUGAAAUAUUCUGCUAUACUGUCUGUAGUGCACAAUUACAUCUUCCUUUGUGCUCAGUAAAGCUCUUUUUUCCUGUCACAAGAUGUUCUCAUCCCAAAUUGUAGCUAUGUCUUUUUGGUGUUAGAACUGUAGUAGCCACUUGACCUGUUGUGUAGGAAAGCUGGACUGAUGAGGUUGCAAAAUUAUUUUUAGGAAAAAAUUCAAUUCUGCAUUUACUGUGUAUAUCCAUGGUAAAAAUUAACCGUUUUUCACCUAGUAAAUGCUCAUAGAUGAGUGUGACUGCUGUGUCUAGAUCUAAACUUGUUCCUUGCGAAGCACAGUGAAAUAAGAGAUUAAUAUCUCUGGUUAGGCCUAUAUGAUAAGCAUCAUACAACCUCCAGCAAUGUUCUGAGGUGAGUCGCACAGUUGUUUUGAAAGCAUUGGAUUUCUGCGGUAUCCUAGCAAUGGAUUCUCUGGUAUCGUAGCAAUGGACCGACUACUGUACCUACAACUGAACCAAUGUAAUGAUUCCUUUUGGUAUCUUCACAUAUUGCUAGACUCAAGAACAUAUGAGAGUAGUGGUAUGAUACUAUGUCUCUCAUUUUUGUGAAAUACACUAUUUUUAGUCGUAAUGUUUGAA